UUUCGAGAGCGGCCAUCGAACUCAACAAAAGAGAAAAUAACGAACAAGUGGCGUUGGGGGCCGGAGACAAAGGGGAGGCCCGCCAAAUAUCUAGAAUCUUGUUUUCUUUCUAGGGCUCUGUCUUACCCCCAAACAUCUGCAUGUUCUCUCCUUAAAGAGUAGCGCCUCCGAUCCCUCUGCAAUAAAUGAUUUUUCGUUUUUCUUUUCCAGUUAUUUCUUUCUCUCUCUCUGCUGAACUUCCCAUGCAAUAAAUAGCUUCGAUCCUCUUCUCUCGACUCGAUCCACAGGUAACCCUAGCAGCAACCAAAACACUGUCCCAUUUGGCUAAAGAUUUACUUUUGGUCUUCUCGAUCACAUAUACAAUACAAAAUGUCCCAGGUGGUUCUCCUCUGCCUUCUGGCCGUCGUCUCCCUUUCGAUGCAUGCAUGCGACGCUCGGUACCGGCUGAGUCUCAUUGACAGUACUGAUCAAGCAGAAAGCUCACCCAACAAGUAUCCUCCCAAGGAAGGUGUAAGCCUCCAAAAUGGUGCAAUCAAUACCGCCGUCAAGCACAAUAACCCUUUCACACCCAUUCUCACCAAGGAAAUUACCGCGGCUGGUCCACUAAUUGCUCGUCCUAGGGAUGGUUUGCAGCAGCAGCAGCAGCAGGAAGAUCAGAAUAAUAACGACCUACUAGUGGGAAUGAGGAAGAGGAUGGGGAGAGUGCUAAUGGUGGAGAAGGAAGACAGCAACAACAGCAAUAAUAGUAAUGGUGGAGAUGAUCAGUCAAAAGAGGCUAAUUAUACUGAUGAUGAUGCUGAGGCAGCAGAUCAGGAGAGCAGUGGAGUUGUUGUGAUGGACUAUGCGCAGCCACAUCGAAAGCCACCAAUCCACAAUGAAAAAUCAUCAAAAAAGAUUACAUAAAUUAUUAAGUUCCCAUAUAUUUCCCUAAUUAAACAAUCCAAGGGCUGUGAUUACGUAUACAUGUAAUCCUCUGCUG